GAGUAGACAUUGAGAUGAGCAAGAAGCGGGAUUGCAGUAGAGGGAGGUCGAGAUUGGGUAGGCGGGAGCAAAAAGAGAGGGAGAUGGGGAUCGGUGAAGGUGGGAGGAUCGAGGCCAAGUUAGAGGGAAGUGGCAUCAAAGCAGACAUCGAGACGAGCAAGAAAAGGGAUUGGGAUAAAGGGAAGUCAAAAUCGGGGAAGGCGGGAGGAGAAAGAGGUGUCAGACCGGGGAGGAGGAUCGGGAUAGAGGGAGGUCGGGAUCGGCAAAAGAGGGAGCAGAAAGAGGUGGGAAACCAGGAGGAGCAGGAGAAGGAGCGGGAGAGGAGUGGGAGAAGGAGCGGGGAAGGAGCAGGAGCGGGGUUAUGGCGCGGGAAGAGGAGCGGGAUAAGGGAGGAGGAACGGGGGGAAGAUCGGGAGGAGGAGAGGGAGGAGGAGCAGGAGAAGGAGCGGGAGCGGGGCUAUGGCGGGAUCUUUGUCCCGUUGUUUGGCAGAGGAGGAGCGAGAGGGGGAGGAGGAGGAGGAGGAGGAGGAGGAGGAGGAGGAGUGCGAGAAGCGGGAGGAGUGGUAGGAGUGGGAGAAGGAGUGGGGAAGGAGCGGGAGCGAGCAGGACAAGCAGCAGGAGAAGGAGCGACAGGAGGAGUGGGAGGAGCAGCAAGAGCGGGAGCGGGAGAAGGAGAGGGAGGAGGAGAGGGAGGAGGAGCGGGAGAAGGAGAGGGAGGAGGAGAGGGAGGAGGAGCGGGAGAAGGAGCGAGAGCGGGGCUAUGGCGGGAUCUUAAUCACGCGACAAAGUUAAAGAAGAUAGAGGAGGAGAUGGCCAGAGAGAAGGAAAGAUUGAAAAAAGAGGAGGAGGAGAAACUAAAGGAGGUGAAAGAGGAAGAGGAGGAAGAUGAGCAGCCGUUGGAAAGGGGGAGAGAGCAACGAGGGCAGUACAGUGGGAGUAAAAAUGAUGAAAUGGAAAAAAGGAUUUCAGAGUGGGUUGCUAACUUGUCUUUGGGGGAAGAGGAGGAAGUUGCCAUGUAUAUCUCCAAGGACAAGCAGGAGGCCGCCAUGAAAGAAUGGGAUGCAGAGGAAGAUUCCCUGAAGCGGCAAGUGAUGGAGCAUGAGAAAAGGAUGGAGUGGAGGCUCGGGAUGAUGAGGGAAAAGAAGAGGAGAGUGGAUGCGGCAAGUGAGGCGGCCAAGGAAUUAGAGCAGGUGAAGAACUUGAGAGAACAGUUGACCGCCCAGGUGGAUCUCCUACGAAAGGUGGAGGUCAUUGCCCAGAGUGUUGAGCGCUUGGCCCGGGUACAGGAAGAACAAUAUGAGUUUAGUAGAAGUCAGGAUAUGGCCGUGCGCUCGAUGCGGAUGGGAUUUCGGGAUUUUGCCCACGAACUGGUAGGCGCAGUAGGGUCCGAGGUGAACCAUCGCCUCGAGAAGACAAAACGAUUUUGCGUGGGCGUCAUUAAAGGCGUCAAGCCGACAACUCCCAAGGAGGAAGAGGCACGUCCGCGCAGGGAGCCAGUCAAAGUCAAGUUCCCCGAUUCCUACAGUCGAAAGAGGGAAGAGAACUUUGAUAAUUGGGAGGCCAACGUCAAGACCUAUGUGCAUUUGCAACAGGUCUCCCCGGAUCAGCACGUGCUAAUUGCAAUUCAUGCGCUUAGAGAUGAGGCUGCCAGCUUCGCGAGAUCCCUAGUCCGCUCUGCUAACUGCAAUUAUGAUGCGGUUGCCUACUCGUCGUUCACCCCCCUCGUCGAUUUUAUGAAAUUGCUGCGCGAGCGAUUUGCUGAUGUCGCUCGUAGUGUCAAGGCCUCAGAUAGGCUUCAGACAAUGCACUCUCGUAAAUGGAAGAGUGUCAGGGCACUCAAGGGCACAAUGGACGAAUUAGUGGUUGUACCUGACCACGGGGUCACAGAGACCCAGUUGGUCAGCCUCUUCUAUCGGGCUAUGCCCGAAGCCUUCCGACGGCAUUUCUUCACGAAGAGUGAAGACCCUGCCACCACUUAUGAUUCCCUUAGCCGCGAAGUGAUGGCUUUUGAGGCAAAGUUGGUGUGAGCUUCCACUUUCUGGCACAAAGACUUAGACAAGGGAAAGCAAUGGAAAGGUCGCACUAUCUCAGGGCAAGUUAAGACUAAG